GAGGUGGAGUUCCUCUCGUCCUCCAUCGCCCAGCUCAAGGUGGUGCAGACCAAGUACGUGGAAGCCAAGGACUGUCUCAACGUGCUCAACAAGAGCAACGCAGGGAAGGACCUGCUGGUGCCGCUCACCAGCUCCAUGUACGUCCCCGGGAAGCUCUCGGAUGUCGAGCGCGUCCUCGUUGAUGUUGGAACCGGCUACUACGUGGAGAAG